CAACUGACCGCGCGUGCGUUACUCGUGCAGGCCGUGACGUGACACCACACAUGGAGCAGCUCUGUCUGCAGGACACUGGCAGCAGUGACGGUGCGCGUGACCUGCAGGUGUCUCGCAGGUGUGGUAGACCGGGUGGCCUGGUCAAGACCAUGUGUACAGCAGGAUUCCGGCGUCACCUGCUUGUCGUCAUCAACACAAUGUUGUGCCUGCUUGCAGUCGCCCUCGUGGCGUGUGGGCUUGUCCUCCGGUAUUUUCUGGACGAGGUCAUGAAGUCUAACGUCUUCAAGACACAUCGACAAGACACCUGUAGAAAUAUUGCACCCAUUGACCUGGCGCCCACAAGCAUGGAGUUCGGCCCGCUGACUGGCGGUGUGGGUGGUGCACUGGUGGCGCUGGGCUGCUUCCUCCUCGUCAUCGCCACCCUGGGGGUCUGCGCGGGGUACAGCGACUUCAAGGUUUUCCUCCUGCUGUACUUAGUGAUACUUGUGAGAUUUAUGAUGUACUUCAUCGGCGUCCUCGUCGUCGCUCAGGUUAUCGUCGCCUCUGUCUUCCUGCCGCGGAACUCACCGAUACACGACAAAGCCAAGGAGGUUCUCAAGAAGAAGAUGAACACUGACUAUGACCUUCAACAAAACAACACAUUCCUGUUGUCCUCCAGCAUCCUCUUCAUGGCGGCUCAGUGCUGUGGCGUCAACAGCAGUCACGACUUCAACGACCCCAACAAGCUCAACUUUUCGCGCAACAUGAACAUCACUCCCCAGGUCCCGCCAUUCUGCUGUAAGAGGGAGUACCUCAAGAUGUCGGACUGGACUUGUACUUCCAGCGACAACAAGCAUUACACCCAGGGUUGCUAUGAGAAGCUGCAGGACCUGUUGGAGGAGUGGUACCCCUGGCUCAUCCCCGCCAUCGUCAUCUCCCUCCUCGUACAGGUAGGAGCUGUCGGUCUGACCCUCCUGGUGUACCACGAUAAGGCCACGUGAUCAUGUCAGCUGAAGAUGGAGGAAUAUGUGAUGCUGUUACCAAGCUCCAGAUGACAUGUGAAAAGACUUUUGCUUCGUUUGCUAUAAGUUCUACACUUGUCAUUAUUUCCCUUUCCACAAAUGUUCUCAGCAGUUCAUGUAGGUGUGAAAAGGUUUAAAUAUUUUCGAUCUGAAAUUGUUUUUAAAUCCUUGCUAAAACCAAAUCCUUUUUAAAGUUUCCCUUGUGUCCCUGCUUGCUUUUCCUGGACAUUUGUUGUACAGUGUAUGUG